AUGGAAGUGGGAGCCUGGACCUACCAUUAUGGAGACAAAUCUGAUUACUAAUGGGAGCUGGCCAGAAACUUUUGCAGGUCAUUCUACAUUGACCUCGUAGCAAUCCAGAACCGGGAAAUUGCUUAUCUCAACAGUAUCUUACCCUACUCUAGAACAUACUACUGGACUGGGCUACAGAGGAUAAACGAUGUUUGGACAUGGGUUGGUACCAACAAGGCCCUGACAAAGGAGGUUGAGAACUGGGCUAGCAGGGAACCCAACAAUAAAGGGAGGAACCAAGACUGUGUGGAAAUUUACAUAAAGAGGGACCGUGAUGCUGGAAGAUGGAACGAUGAGCACUGCCAAAAGAAAAAGAGGACUCUGUGUUACCAAGCAUCUUGCCAGCGUUCCUCCUGCAGCCAGCGUGGCGAGUGCGUGGAGACCAUCGGGAACUACACCUGUGAUUGCUACCCUGGGUUCUACGGGCCGGAGUGUGAACAGGAAAUUACCUACCUGAUGGUGAAUUAA